UCGUACGACGUUUUUAUCGUGUCCUUGCAAAGAUCAGACGUGCUCUUUUUGUAGUGAAUAGCCUAGUUUGAGAAUUAGAAGGGAUGGCGGGAGUAGACGCGCCGGCGAUGACGAGUUUAGGUGCGCUGAACAUGGGAGGGCAGGGAGGGAUCGACCAAGCUAUGGGAGGACUUGGUCCGAUAAAUCCUGUGAUGCAAGGGAUCGGUGUCGCUGGUCAGCAAGGGGCUGCACCAGGGAGCGGGGUAGCCGCACAGUAUGGCGUCGUGACAUGCUACAUAUGCGGGAAGAAUGGCCACUAUGCACGGAAUUGCUGGCAGGCCACGAAUAGACAAAGACCAGAGGGUGACAAUAGUGAAAUGUGGGAGAUACUUCUUCGAAUUGGCAGGAGAGAGAAAGAGGAGGAGGAAAGGAAGAAGCGUGAGAUAGAUGAGGUGAAACGUAAAGAGGAGGAGGAACGACGGGAGGGUGAAAAACUUAUGGAGGAACAGGCGAGAGAAGCUAAGCUAGAAGCGACCAUUGUUAGGAUCCUUACGCAGCAGAGAGCAUCGUUGAUGGUAAGUCCCACACCGUUGGCGGGGAGUGGAAUCAAGAAGUCACCACACUCCAAGGCACGUAUGCUGCGAGAUAUCACAAGCUAUAUUGCCCAAUCAGAAGAUGAUAGUGACGACGUGAAGAAGGAGGCUGAACAGUUGAUUGAGGCGCUGGAGAGUCGGAGGAAACCUAAGCAGGGCGCUGCGUUAAUGCAAGCAGCUGUCAAUCGGGCAAAGAAGGUACCUACGUCGAGAAUCGAUAAGGCUCAGGUGGACAACCUCUCUCCAAGUGAUGAAGGCUUCGUAACUCCGAAGAAGGCCUGUCCCGCGGAAUGCUCGAGCAAAGGGAAGACAUUCGAGUCGCUCUGUACAGUCUUCGAGCAGAUCGAUGGAUCGAGGCAAUCGAUCGACGUGGAAUCCACGGCAGGAGAGUACUGGCUUGAUUCCUGGAAGCCCAUCGGAGAGAAGUAUGGCGAAUCAUUGGUCACCAUCGGCAUUGUGCGUGUGAAGCUGAAAGAGGCCAGACAGAGAAUCCAAGCGGGCUGCCGAUUUACUGUCACACGCGUUAGUAUGAGCACAGUUAGGGACAUCGUCAUCAAGAUUAUCACGCGAUCUGUUAUGGAUGAGUGUAUCCGAUCUCUCGUCAUAGAGAGACUGAGAAUAGUGAGACUGAAAGGGAGGACGGUAGGCAGCAUCAUCCACAACUAUAGAUUGAAGCUGGAACGUAGGUCGGAUAUGUGUACUUGCGUCGGCCUCGAUGUCGAUAGAUUUCAAGGGCAUGCUUGGGCUAGGCUCGACGAUGUGAAGGGGGUUCACCGAUUCCUGCAUAACUCGAAGAACAUAACAUGCGGAAGAAGCUUGACGACGCUCCAAUUAGUGGAAAUCGUCGUACAGGCUGUUCCCAAAGGGUGGAGAUACAACUCUUUGCAUGUCACCAAUGAAGAGGUGAUGAGGUGCUUUGCGGGAGAUGUACCCAGGUCCGUAGCCUUGACGGAGCAAGAAGUCAAGUGGGAAGUUCGUCACGUUCAGGAUUUGGUUCUUGUACCGCUCGAUCGGAACCCGGGUGCCACUUUGGUCUUCUGCCCAGUACUGUACUUCCAUGCCUUUCGCAUGAUGUUCCGUUGGAGUGUUGGUUUCAAUCCGAAGGAGGAGAACGAGGAACAGAUACUCACUCUUUCCAAGACGGUGUACAAAGCGGUUGGUCUUCCAUCUUUUGCCACGUGGCGUGUUGGUUUCAAUCCGAAGGAGGAGAAUGAGGAACAGAUACUCACUCUUUCCAAGACAGCGUACAAAGCGGUUGGUCUUCCAUCUCUUGCCACGUGGCGCACAUGUCGCAGACUGGGGAGAGCUUACAUUAUCCCCAAGGACAAGGACUACUCAAGGUGGCGUCCGAUCUCUCCAUCCUGGUCUGAGCCAUCAAGGACUGCAAGCGCUCGACUAGGUAGGGCACUCAGAUAUAUGCUGUUGUGCCUACCAGCGGCGUGCCACUUCAGUCUGAGAUCUAGAGAUCAGCUGAAGAAGAUGAUGCUGGAAGGAGUGGCGAGCAUCCAGAGGGCCGGCAAUACGAUCAUCGGAAGAAGCUAUGAUAUUAAGGAUAUGUUCGCUAGACUUCCUCAUGACGGCAUCGUCGCAUCAGUUCGAUGGAUCUCACAAGUGCACGAGGACCGGGGGUUGGUCGGAGUAAAAUUGAGCAUUCGAGGAAAGUGCUGCAAAAUAGCCAGAACUCGGUUGAAGGAAAUUGGAUACCUCUUCUUCUCCUUUGAACAGCUCAUGCACAUCUUGGUGUACGAACUGCAACACACGUACACUGUAUGUGAGAAUCAAGUCUACCAACAGUUUUUUGGGGUUCCGAUGGGGAAGCACUCAUCCCCUGCACUGGCGAACCUGCUGUGUGCUAAGGCUGAGUACUUCUUUCUUGGAGCCCUGGGUGUGGACCGGCGACUGGUAACCGGUGUGAGGAUGGUUGAUGACGCAUCAAUUCUGACUGUUUUUUAUCACUCCAAUCACGACUCGUACAUCAGAGCAUUAGAAAUCUUGGAUUGGUUCUCGGAAUGCUACUCGGAGACCCUCAAGCUGGUUAGAAAGGAUGAUGGGAACAACGCAUGGGACUUUUUGGGAUCUCGGGUGAUCCUGGAACCAUGCCCGCCUGUGGUGCACAUUCUGCCACGAACGAAGAAUCAGAUGUCGAUUGUGGAAUAUGGAGUCUUGCACUACCACUCCAUGCACGAUUUCAGUUCGUACUCGGCGAAGAAGGUAAAGCGGAUGACCCUGACUGCAUCAAUGCUUCGGAUACGGAAGUCCUCAACGGACGAAGCUGCGACUUUAGCAUCGAUCAUAUGCCUCCUGAAAGAGGCUGGCCUCCGGGAUUACUUCCCGGAGGUCUUCUUCGGAUCCUUGGCUAGGUUCGCCAAGGUGGUGGGCUGUACACUGGGAUCUUCGAUCUCGCAGAUGUACCCCCACCGUCGCCAUUUUGGGUCCUAGGUAGGUUGAGCAUGGGUUUGUACGACUACGGGUAGCUUCAGUUAAUUCUCGGUUAUUGACCGGAUGACGAGCGUAG